UUCUUUUAUGAGCGUCAAUUCGAUGUUUUGAGCUUCAGCCUCAAGGCCCAAUGGCAACGAAGGUCAUGCAUUCAUGCCAAACUAAGUAGAUACCUUAAGCAGAUGGAGUUGGCCGUGUGCGGUGCGGCGGAACGCCAUUCCAGCAACACUAUAACAAAUUAACUCAAACCACCAACCAGAACAAAAAAUUUGACACAUGCAAGGAGGAAAGGAUUAAAAAUAUACAUGCAAAAAAAGGAAAAUUCCUCUUUUUAGAUCCGAACAAUUCUCAGUCCAAGCUGAUUUCUAUAACUAUCCUUCUCCAUAAUUUGAACCGAAAACAUGGGAAGCAUCAACAGCAGCAACAACAUCAUCGUCGAUGUCAACAAUAAUAGCCAAAGCAAAAAAAAAAAAGGUACAAAGACAUUGCAAGAAACUUUCACCUUUAGCAACAAAUGAGCUCUACCCAGCAACGUACGCCACAAAAUAGGUUUAGAGGAUUGGUCAUUUAUUUCUUCAUAGCCGUGGCUUUACUUUACAUUCUAUACUCAAAUCUCCUGUUGAGCGAUGACCGCAAAGAUUGUCCGGAUAUAGCCAAUCUCUCCACAAAAAUUGAAGCACCCUUUAAUUAUUCCUCCACCAGCUCUUCACGAGUUGAAAAAGCGGUAGAGCGAAGGAAAGUGCACCGUGUUGAACCAGCCCCGGGUAAUUACCAUCGAUAUGACACUGAGCUGAAACACAUUGCUUUUGGGAUAGCAGCUUCGUCGAAUUUGUGGGAGAUCAGAAAAGAGUACAUAAAAGCAUGGUGGAGGCCAAAAGAGACUAGAGGGGUAGUUUGGGUGGAUAAGAAAGUUAGGACCAGGAGAAAUGAAGGGCUGCCUGAGAUUCGGGUUUCUCAGGACACUUCAAAGUUUAAGUACAUAAACAGGCAGGGGUCUAGAUCGGCAUUGAGGAUCUCAAGGGUGGUUUCGGAAACACUUAAGCUUGGAAUGAAGGAUAUUAGGUGGUUCGUAAUGGGGGAUGAUGAUACAGUUUUUAUUGCCGACAAUGUGGUAAGGGUGCUUUCCAAGUAUGAUCAUACACAGUUUUAUUAUGUUGGGAGUGCAUCAGAGAGUCAUAUUCAGAAUAUAUUCUUUUCAUAUGCUAUGGCAUUUGGAGGGGGUGGAUUUGCAAUAAGCUAUCCAUUGGCAAAAGAAUUGGCAAAGAUGCAGGACCAGUGCAUCCAGCGAUAUCCAGCAUUAUAUGGCAGUGAUGACAGGAUUCAGGCUUGCAUGGCUGAGCUAGGAGUGCCCCUCACCAGGGAACUUGGCUUCCAUCAGUAUGAUGUGUAUGGAGACCUAUUAGGCCUCUUGGGAGCCCAUCCAGUGACCCCAUUGGUAUCAAUUCACCACAUAGAUGUAGUGGAGCCUAUAUUCCCUCGGAUGAAACGAGCCAAAGCACUUGCACACCUGCUUGAAGCUGCCAAAGAGGACUCGGCAAGUUUGAUGCAACAAUCCAUCUGCUAUGAUUCAACACGAUACUGGUCGAUCUCAGUGUCUUGGGGCUAUGUGGUUCAAAUCUUGAGGGGAGUGAUGUCUCCUAGAGAGCUUGAGAUGCCUACAAGAACUUUUCUCAAUUGGUACAAGAGAGCUGAUUACACUGCUUAUGCAUUUAACACUAGGCCUGUUGAAAGGCACCCUUGCCAAAAGCCCUUCGUUUUCUAUAUGAACAAGGUUAAGUAUGAACAUGCUAGGAAGCAAACAAUCGGAGUGUACUACCGUCAUAAAACACGCAGUCGCUAUUGCCGUUGGCGAAUGGCCUCCCCAGAGAAACUUGAUUCUGUUAUAGUCCUAAAGAAGCGGGAUGAUCUUCGAUGGCAGAAGUCGCCAAGGAGGGAUUGUUGCAGAGUUCUUCCAACAGAUAAAAAUAACACAAUGGUUUUAUCUGUGGGAAAUUGCAGAGAGGGUGAGAUUAGUGAAUUACGGCCGAAAAAGGGAUCAUCAUAGGUCAUUGUUUAAUGAUUUUCUACCUU